AUGAUAUUUGAAAGUGACCAGGAUUAUUUACUAUCGAAAGAGGACCGUACACAACGUCAGAUGAAGGCGAUGGCUGUCUGGUGCAAUAUGAUACUCAGAUCUCAGUACGAACAUGAGGAACUUGACAUAGGCAGUACUAUGAAUGCACUGCAAACAACACUACUUCGUCUUUUUCUGUCCUUCCAUCCGGCUUGGCUUCAUCUUGGUUUAGAGACUAUUUUUCAAACGGAAAUCAAAGUGGGUGAUGGUGAACCAUUUGCUCAAGUCAUUAGUCGGUUCAUAGUGAAAAAUUUGUUCUCGGACUCGAAGAUCAUGAAGAACAAAAAAUUUGCCUAUGGUGGCGGAAAACCAAUUAUAACUGACGCCGGUCGAGAAGCUUUACAUUCACAUUUCUUGUUGUAUACAUCGUUAUUUUGUUAUUUCGUUGAAUCAGCGAAGGCAGCUGCAAUAAUUAAGCAUAACCCUGGAAUGUUUUCGAAGCGCUCUACAUUUAAGUGUAUGGAAGAUGUGUUUUCCGAGUUAAGUCGGGAAGUGUUAUCAGGAAGCGGAACUCCACUUAAUAAAGCUUUUGCAAAAAUAGUUUGUAUUAGCUCAACUCUGUUCUCUCUCCAGACUUUCUUAGACGACUACCCCUAUUCUGUGAGAGAAUUCGGAGACCUUACAGACGGAGUAAUACUUGGAAAAACUAUCGAGCUUGUUACUGAAUGCCCUCCGGGAAGCGUAAUUAAUCGUUUGCGUGAUCCUCGCGGUGAUCGGCUAAGGAAAAUCGGGAACGUCAAGAUUUGCCUUCAUGCUGCAUCUGACCGAGGACUAGACGUUCAAGCUGUGAAGCCCGAGGCACUGGUUUCCGGAAACAGUGACGCUAUUCUGGAGGUUUUGUGGAAGCUUGUUGGGAUUUAUAUAUGCACAAAGGAGGAUCCUACUCUGAGACGCGCGCCUUUGACAUUUCCAAAGUUCUACGGCGAGAAAUUUGCACCGAUUUCUGGAAAGGUUACCUCAGAAGGGCUCGUUCUUCAGUUGUGGAGAGAGAUCGGUCAUGAGUUGGGAAUUAAGGUCGACUCGCUUAGUGAUCUCCGUGACGGUAUGGUUUUUGCCGGUGCAUGGCGUAUGUACAAUGCUAACGCUCCUGAUAUUCGUCUAUAUCCUGGUGACUCUUUGUUAUUGAAAGUUGCCAACGCGGCUGAAUCGAAUCUUGAUGUGCCUUGGGGUUUACACUACUGUAUAGGACUGUUCGCUCAUAUCUAUUUAUCGCGUCUUUGUUCGAUACGUGAACUGCAUAAUGCUGCAUUACGCAUCCAAAGAGCGUAUAGAUCUUACAAACUAUUCAAAGCAAUACGGUUAUGGAAGCUACGACGUGCAGCUGUGGAUGUGCAUGAUAUUGGCAACCAGAUCCAAAAAGAUACCUUCAUUUUGGCCCCGAGAGUGGAAAGAAGUUCAAUUUUUGAAACUCCUAAACCGCUUGUUGCUGUUCAUGAUGAUCCUGACAUACUAUCCGCUAGUUUGAGAAAUGAACUGGGAGAAAUUCAGCAUGGGGGACAUAUUCUGGACCUAUCGAAUGUAUGUCAUACUGAAGAAGUAUUCUGUACAUCAGUAAAUGUUAGCCUCCAGCCUAAUUCGCGAGCUCAUCACACCAAGAACUGUUUAACGCCUUAUGCUGAGCAAGUUGGUUUUGAGCGUGCUGUUAUGCUGAUUCAGAGAGCUUUUCGUCAUUACUGUCAUCGUAAGCAAAUGCGUGAGGCACGACUGAGAGAAUGGGCUAUGAGGGAAAAAGCUGCUACUAGCAUUCAGAGAGCUUUUCGUUAUUACUCUCAUCGUAAGCAAAUGCGUGAGGCACGACUGAGAGAAUGGGCUAUUAGGGAAAAAGCUGCUACUAGCAUUCAGAGAGCUUUUCGUCAUUACUCUCAUCGUAAGCAAAUGCGUGAGGCACGACUGAGAGAAUGGGCUAUUAGGGAAAAAGCUGCUACUAGCAUUCAGAGAGCUUUUCGUCAUUACUCUCAUCGUAAGCAAAUGCGUGAGGCACGACUGAGAGAAUGCGCUAUUAGGGAAAAAGCUGCUACUAGCAUUCAGGGAGCUUUUCGUCAUUACUGUCAUCGUAAGCAAAUGCGUGAGGAACGAGUGAUAGAAUGGACUGUGAAGGGAAAAGCUGCUACUAACAUUGAGGAUAAGUUUAGUGACUUAAGGCAAGUUCUUGAGUUGCAGUAUAAUGUACGUCAGAAUGAACGUCUGCAAAAGUUCUGCUCGAAAGUAUUGAAGGUUUGCGGACGUAAACUGUCGGAAUACUCCGAAAGUAAGGAAAGUAUAACUGAAGAACAGGUAGAACCUCAUUGCUGUGUGCCUUCGAUUCGUGAUCAAACUACAGCUGCUAUUAAAAUUCAGGCAUGGUUCAGGGGAUAUCGUGAACGAGCUCGCCUGCGCGUACAUUUGCAAAAGAGACGUUCAUUUAUGGCUGCCUAUAGGGGAAAUAUCGCUGCUGAGCAACCCAGCGCUAUUGUUGAUAAUGCAGCCCUGAGUUCACGUCCUGUGUUGGCUAAAAUGCACGAUGCCGUCGACAUGCUUUUCGACUCAAAGAUGUACAUUUCGAAAGUGGGAGCGUUCAUUCUUAACCGAUUGUCAGCUCUUUCGCCCCAUUUGUGUGCAUAUAUGGUAGUGAAUGCACAAGGUCUAGCGGCCAUACUGGAUAUCUUGGAACAGAAAACAAUUGGUCGUGGUCCCCCCACCGCUAACAUUCUUGCCAUACUUCAAGCAUGUAAACAUCCAGUGGUUGUAACCGAAGUUGAUGCCCAGUUAGAAGACUGCAUAAAAGCAGCGUUACACACAUUUCAUGCGUUUUACACUGAUGCAGUAAUCGUCGAUGGUUUCGGACGCGCUAUUUUGGCUCUAUAUCGUCGACCUGGCGCAAAAAACUAUUUAGCGAAAGCAUCAUUCUACCUCGACUAUGCUACACGGAGAUUUAAUCGACUGGCCCAAACUGAUCCGCGGAAGGCAAUUUUGCUACGGAUGAAAGAAGAAAUGUCUCUUUGA